UCGGAAUUUUUCCCUUCUCUAUAAGAUAUUUUACAAAAAUUUUCUGUCAAGUAAAUAUACCAUGUGAUAAUUUGAUAAUAUUAAAAAAACCAAAAUCGAUUUAGAAAGCCGACAAAUUUGAGGUUAUAUUGGAACAAUAGCAAAUUAAACGCUUUUCUCGUGCCAGAUAAACGACCAUGUCGCUACUAAAAUACUCGAAGAAGCUCGCGUAUAUGAAGCCUUCCCCGAACAAUGUCCACCGCUGUAAGAUUUGUCCGUAUUUCACAACCUCAUUUUUGCUCAUGGUGAACCACGUUAAACGCCACCGAGCGCCCCCACAAUAUUUCAACUGUGAAAAUAUCGACGUCGAAACUUACCACUGUGAGGACUGCAAUUUCCAGACAGAACUAACACUUCUUUUCAAGCAGCACGCCCGACAGUGUUAUAGGAAGUCUGAAGAGAAUUUACCAGAGCAAGUUUACUCAAGUCAAAGUUUCAUUUGCAAGAAGUGCAGUUUUGAAACACAUUUCAAGCUUAAGAGGCUUCAGCACAGUAUGCAGUGUUUGGGGAGCAAUAACUUUCAAAUAGUAACAAGUAAUGGUAAAAUUACCUCGUGGUAUUACUGCAACCAGUGUGAAUGCAGAUUCAAAAGGAAAGCAAACUUGGAGGCACACAAAAUUUUAAAACAUUUGAGUGAUGAUCAACGUAGGUGGUAUUAUUGUGGACAUUGCUCCUAUAAAACCAUUCUGAAAUCGCGUUUAAAAGUACAUGUAAUGAGGCAUAUGAACAAACCAAAGAGUCAGAUUUCUUUAAAAACUCCCGAUGUUAUGGAGUAUCUGGACGAGCAGGGUAUUAAAUGGUAUAAAUGUGAAAAGUGUCCGUAUAGAACUAAAGUCAAGGGGAAUUUAAUCAAGCAUAUAAAUUCCGUGCACUUAGAUGAGAAGGAUAUUACAUGGCACGAGUGCCAGACUUGUCCAUACAAAGGUAAAAAUUUGUUGGCUUUAAAGAGACACAUUAUUCUACAUCAUUCAAAAGAUAAGGAUGUUACAUGGCAUAAAUGCCAAAACUGUCAAUAUAAGACUAAAUAUCAUAGAGCACUAAAGGAGCAUAUAAAUGCGCAUCAUUUAGAUGAACAAGAUAUUAAGUGGCACGAAUGUGGAGAGUGUUUGUAUAAAACCAAAUAUAAAAACAACUUGUCUCGUCACAAACUUGUAUCACACCCUACUGAAGACGGUAAGUGGUAUGAAUGUAAAAAAUGCCCAUUCAAAACACAACAUAAGCCCAAUUUAAAACAGCACAUCAAGGUGGUCCACGUGAACGAAGAGAAUAUUAAAUGGCACAGAUGUAAAAAUUGUUCAUUCAAAACUAAGUAUAAACUUGCCAUUCAAAAACAUGUACUAUUUCACAAAAAUGAAGAAGAUAUUAAAUGGUACGAAUGCCAAAUUUGCUAUUUUAAUACUAAACAUGUGGGGUCUUUCAAAACUCACCUAAUUACCCAACACGGAUGUGAAGAAAAUAUUAAAUGGUUAAAAUGUGACCGAUGUCUACAACAAACCGAAAGCAAUACACAUUUUCAACAACAUUUAAGUGCACAAGAUAUAGAAUGUGUGCCAUAUAAAACCGAAGACUUAUCGACGCUAAAUAGUCACAUUAAAGUACACCACUUGGACAAAAAAGAUACUAAGUGGUAUAAAUGUGAUCAAUGUGAUUACAAAGCAAAGCAACGCAGUGGCUUGAAAAUUCAUAUCAAUAGGCGACAUACACAUCCCCGCGAUAUUAAAUGGUACGAAUGUAAAGUUUGCCCCUACAAAACCAAAUGUGACAGCAAUUUAAAGCGUCACGUAAACCUACACCACUUAAAAGAUGAAGAUAUUAAAUGGUACGAAUGCAAAAUUUGCAAUUUUAGAACUAAACAUGUGGGGUCUCUCAAAAGUCACACAAUUACCCAGCACGGAUCUAAAGAAAAUAUUAAAUGGUUUAAAUGUGCCCAAUGUCCACAUAAAGCUAAAAAUAAGACGCAUUUAAAAAAACAUAUAAAUGCUCACCAUUUAAGUGCACAAGAUAUAGAAUGGUUCCAAUGUACCGAGUGUCCAUAUAAAGCCAAAGACUCGUCGACGCUAAAUAGGCACAUUAAAGUACACCACUUGGACGAGAAAAGUAUUAAGUGGUAUGAAUGUGAUAAAUGUGAUUAUAAAUCAAAAGAAAAACCUGGCUUGCAACGUCACAUCAUUAGGCUACAUACAAAUCCACUCGAUAUUAAAUGGUACGAAUGUGAAGUUUGCCCCUACAAAGCCAAAACUAACGGGAAUUUAAAGCGUCACAUAAACAACCACCACUUAAAGGAUGAAGAUGUUAAAUGGUACGAAUGCCAGAUUUGCUAUUUUAAAACUAAACAUUCGGGGUCUUUCAAAACUCACUUAAAAACCAAACACGGAUGUGAGAGAAAUAUGAAAUGAUUUAAAUGAGAAAUAUAUUAAAUGGUACAAAUGUGAUAAAUGUGAUUACAAAGCAAAACAAACACUGGCUUGAAAGUUCUUACUAUUAAAUACUCGGCAUUUGCACGAUGAAGCAAUUGAAUGGCAUAAAUGUGAAACGUGUCCACACACAGCUAAAAGUAAGCCAAAGUUAAAAAAUCAUGUAAUCGUACGAAUUUUUACCCGUAU